AAUUGUUAUCUAACUUCAUUAAUUUAGUAUGUAAGAUAGUUGGGAAUACAUAUCCAAAGUUUGAAUGCAAUAAUUGAUGUAUUUACUGAGAUAAUGACUUAAAGGUGCUUACAUGCAAAACCUUAACCAAGGUGUGAUGCCAACGCCGACGCUGAUGCCGCCGCCAACGACGCCAGGGUUGAAUUUCAACUUGGGUGGAUUCGUGGAAGUUGCCUUGCCAUGCAGUAAAAACAGAAAACUGUUUGUAGCAGAGGUUAUUGAUGUCCAGGAGGAUGAAGUGUUGUUUCGCUACAUGGAAGCUGCCAGAGGUGGAUUUAAAUGGCCAACAGUUGAAGAUGUCAGCUGGGAGCAUCAUUCAUCAGUUACUCGCCACCUUGAUAACCCUGUUCUUGACAUCCAGAAGAGUUCAAACCAUGUUCAGAUUUUUAAGUUAAAUUAGACUUUGACUUUAUCACAGGGGAGAACCCUGUUCUUGACAUCCAGAAGAGU